AUGGUAUCUUCCUCUUUUUCUCCGCUUCGAAUCAAUUAUUACGAUGUUAGAAACGUCAUCAAUGUUAGAUUGAUGAAGUUGAGUAGAAGAGCUGUUCUUGACAGGGUUAGUGCCCAAAUUUGGAUAGAAGAACUGGCCAAAAAAGGAGCAAAGAUUUUGUUCAAGGUGUACGAAGAUGGCUCGUUUCUUAUUUCUUGGGUUGCUCAAUGGCAAAUGAAGGAAGCCGAAGAGGGGCGCAUAGACUCGACACACAAAGCCUGCAAGCCAUUCAAUGACCCCAAAAAGGACGGCUAUUUGCUCACUAUUGUUGUUAGAAGCUCUAUCACCAACAAACGUCUUCCUGUUUGCUUCUUUGUCACUGAUAAUGAGAUCAUUCCCACCUUACACCAGUGGCUAAGUUGGCUGAAAGACAGCUUUAAUCUUAACGUUAAAAGAAUCAUGGUUGAUUGCAGUCCCACGGAAUUUGCUGCUAUAAGAGAAGUCUCCGAUAAUGUAGACAUACUGUUAUGUCAUUGGCAUAUCAAGCGUGCGUGGGAAACCCACAUCAAGCGAGGCGUGAAGAUAAGCAAGUCUACUUACGACACAAAGCUGGCAGAAGAUCGUGUUCGCGCUAAUCUGAAUAGCAUGAUGUACUCAGAAACGCCGGAAGCAUCCGAUCUCGCCCAUCAGUUGUUCCUUGCUGAAAAUAAGGAAUUUGAAGUAUUCCUUGCGUACUUUAACAAAUCGUAUCAUAACCAAUUGAAGACGUUCUAUUUUGGUCGCUCUCGCUCUUUGCAUGUAGAUCGCCUAGCCUGCCUGUUAUCCCAAGUGGUAGCAUUAGGUUAUUGGCAGGACACAAUCAAAGUUGCGAAUGAUUUUGGUGGGUUUCGCUUGACAGUCAACCAAGAAAAGAAGAGAAGAGCAGCAUACUGUAUUGAUUACGACGUUGCCUGCUCCAUGGUAGAGUAG